UCUUAACGCCCUCUCGCUCGCCACGUCGCAGUUCUUCCGCCCGUGAUUUGCUACUAUCAGCUGCUAGCUGGGGAAAAACCAUACUUAUCAAUUAAGCUCGUUUCCUAAUUGAAUUGAAUUGAGUUGAAGUAGCUGUGACUUGGCUAGCUGCUCCCCUGCAACGCACUAAUCAUUUGCUUGCCUGCUUGCUUGUCCUUUUCCAUGCACCACCAACCUUCAACCAGCUAGCUCCUUCUUCUUCUUCAUCUUCUCCAGCCUCAUAUACUCUGGAGUACUUCUCCUCUCAGGCUCUCCCCAACACCUGAUACGCAAAAGUCUCAACUUUGAGUUUCUCUUUCUCUCUCUCGCUCGCUCUUGCGGCGCCCAUGGGGAACAGGAAUUCUUACAUACAGCUGCCGCGCAUGGCGGGCGGCGGCGGCGGGAGCGUGAAGGUGGUGCACGCGGACGGGAGGUUGACGCGAGUGGCGGCGGCGAGGGCGGCGGAGGUGAUGGCGGAGCACCCGGGGCAGUUCCUCUGCGAGGCGGCGCGGCUCGCCGUGGGGUGCCGCGUGCCGGGCGUGGGGGCCGACGAGGUGCUCUCCCCGCGCGCGGACUACUUCCUCCUCCCCCUCGACAUGCUCUACUCCGUGCUCACGGACGACGAGAUGGCCGCGCUCUCCGCCGCCUCCCAUGGCGCCGCCGCGCCGUCGCCGUGGAAGAGGAUCGUCAUCACCCGCGGCCGCCGCCACGGGCGGAGGAGGAGGAUCGGGCAGCAGAGGAUCGGCAGCAACAAUGGCGACGCCGAUGGCAGGGUGUUCCCGGUGGUCGGGCUGAUGGAGCAGAUUCAGGCGGAUAACGGCGGCGAUGCGGCGGCUCGAGUCGUCGUCAAGCCGGGCGGCGGCGGCGGAGGGUUGAUGAGGCGGCAGCACCGGGCGUGGCGGCCGGCGCUGGAUACGAUCGACGAGGCGCCGUGAGGACGACGGCUGGUUGGUGAUAUGCUUUGCUAUAGUGCUAGGCAGCUAGUUUGAGCUGGCUCUUCCAUGAGUGUACAUCAGUUGACUAGCUUCUUCUUUUUUGGCCUUUAUUAUAUUUUUCUCUUUCUGUAAAGCCCAAUAUUCUUUUGGCCUAUGUCAAAUUGACAAACUGGUUCUCAAAUUUAUUCCAAAACCCCAAAAAUAUACAAUAGAAAAGGUCCUGGACACAAAACUUUGAUCCUGUUCUUGGCCAGCAGAAAAAAUUGACAGUACUGCAUUUUUCCAAGUAGAUUUGAUAGUGUUACCGUUUUUGUGCAACGUGGUCCAAAAGGAUUUGUGAAAAUGAUCUCAUAUUUGUGAACUGGUUUCAUAU